UAAACGACAAUCAAUUAAUCUGAUAUCUGAAAUUGGUAUUGCCGUAGUGGUUUUUCAACGCCGAUUACAAUGGCGAAUUUCUCUCUGCCCGAUGAUUCUCUCUUCCUUGGAUUCGACAGCUCUACUCAGAUCUGAAUUACUAAUUUUGAAGGUCAUUGAAGGCCACAGUGUUGGACUCCAAUCUCACUAUUGUCACAACUGAGCUAGUUCAUUUUGAUUCCGAGUUGCCACAUUACAAGACCAAAGAUGGAGUUUAUAGGGAUCCAAUUGUAAAUGGUAGAAUUGUUUCACCCACAUUGAUGUGGGUGGAGGCUCUUGAUCUAAUUCUUCAGAAGCUCUCGAAAUCGAAUUUGGAUUUUGGAAAGAUUUCUGCUAUUUCUGGGAGUGGGCAGCAACAUGGCAGUGUUUACUGGAAGCGUGGAAGUGCUGCAAUUUUAUCAUCAUUGGACCCUCGCAGGCCACUGGUUGAUCAGCUUGGCAAUGCCUUUUCGGUUAAGGAAUCUCCGAUAUGGAUGGACAGCAGCACCAGUGCUCAGUGUAGAGAGAUUGAGAAAGCUGUAGGAGGUGCAUUAGAGUUAUCUAAUCUUACUGGGUCUCGUGCUUAUGAAAGAUUCACUGGCACUCAAAUUAGGAAAAUAUUUCAGACACGUCCAGAAGUGUAUGGCGAUACAGAGAGGAUUUCCCUUGUUAGCUCCUUCAUGGCAUCUCUUCUUAUCGGGGGUUAUGCUUGUAUUGAUGAAUCUGAUGGUGGUGGCAUGAACUUGAUGGAUAUCAUUAAAAGGGCAUGGUCCAAAGUAGCUUUAGAGGCCACUGCACCAAGUUUAGAAGAAAAGCUUGGAAAAUUAGCCCCUUCUCAUGAUGUUGCUGGUCAUAUUUCUCCCUACUUUAUGGAGAGGUAUCAUUUCAGUAUGAAUUGUUUGAUUAUUCAAUGGUCUGGAGACAACCCUAACAGUUUAGCAGGUUUAACCCUGAAUACUCCAGGGGAUCUGGCUAUUAGUCUUGGCACAAGUGAUACUGUAUUUGGGAUAACUGUUGAUCCUCACCCUAGAUUGGAAGGACAUGUUUUCCCUAAUCCUGUAGACCCAAAUAAUUACAUGGUUAUGUUGGUAUACAAGAAUGGUUCUCUGACUCGUGAAGAUGUGCGUAAUCGCUAUGCAGAGAAAUCAUGGGACAUGUUCAAUGAGUUUUUACGGAAAACACCACCUCUAAAUGAUGGCAAGAUGGGUUUCUAUUACAAGGAGCAUGAAAUUCUCCCUCCCCUCCCAAUUGGCUUCCAUCGGUAUUCCCUCCAAAAUUUCAUAGGUGACACUCUAGACGGCGUGAAUGAAAAAGAAGUUGAGGAAUUUGAUCCUCCUUCUGAGAUUCGGGCAUUAAUUGAAGGCCAAUUACUCUCCAUGAGAGGUCACGCAGACAGAUUUGGAAUGCCUUCACCUCCAAAACGAAUAAUAGCUACAGGCGGUGCAUCAGCGAACGAGACUAUUUUGCGUUCAAUAGCAGCAAUUUUCGGCUGUGAUGUCUAUACAGUCCAAAGACCUGAUUCAGCUUCCCUAGGAGCAGCUUUGAGAGCUGCUCAUGGUUGGGUGUGCAACCAAAAGGGCGAUUUUGUGCCAAUAUCAUGCUUGUACAAUGAUAAGUUGGGGAAGACUUCGUUGAGCUGCAAGCUCGCGAUGCCUGCCGGAGACCAAGAACUGGUUUCCAAGUAUGCCUUGUUGAUGAAGAAGAGAAUAGAAAUAGAGAACCGCCUGGUCCAAAAGUUGGGACGCCAUUAAAGUAAACUGCUGGAGAUUCACUUAUCAAGACAUUUGUAUUAUUGAUUAGGGUAGUAUGCAACCCCACCCACUUCAUUUCCUGAUGCCCAUAGCCCCCUCCCUUGUGUAUCAAAAAACUGAAUAUGAAAUCUCUGUACUUUGAAGAACCCAAUAAGACGUUCCCCAUGGUAAUAUUUCAAAAUCUCAGACGCAUUUGAAAUCUGGAGAAGACAGACUGGGCUCGGCGCUUGAAUUGAUUUGGUUGAUCAGA